AUGGGAAAGACCUGGAUUCGAACCAGCGAUCCUAUUGGUCAAGGGCAAGUUGAUUUCCUACAGAAGCCAUUGGUCAGCUGGAAUCAUGAACAACCAAAACAGAGACUGGUCAAGAGAGAGGAAGAAGAUGCUUCGGCUUACAGUCACUAUACAGGUGGCGCCAUCUACAUCCGGUGGGGGAGACUAUCGUGUCCAGAACCUGACAGCAGUCUUGUGUAUGAGGGAGCUGCCGGAGGCGGAUAUUUCGGCCAUGCCGGAGCCCCAGCCAACAUCAUGUGUAUGCCAAGGGUACCGACGUGGGGCCAGCACAACGAUCAGUUUUUCGGAACAAAGGGGCAUCAGUCUUACAUGUACGGUGUAGAGUACAAGCUUCAAGCCCUGGACUUUCCCUUUGGACAUGAGCACGCUGAAGCCCUGGAGAACCAUAACGUGCCCUGCGCGGUAUGCAUGAGCAAGGUGCGAGGAAGCCAGCUGAUGGUGCCAGGACGGAUGGACUGUGUCCCUGGCUGGCACCUCGAGUACUCAGGCUUCCUGAUGGCAGGGGAUUACCAGACGACGGGGGCCUCGGAGUACAUCUGCAUAGACAAGGACCCGGAGGCCGAUCCGGCCGGCUACCGCGGCGAAAGCUCACAUAAUCUCGUCCCUGUGGAAGCCCAGUGCGGUUCUCUCCCCUGUCCCCAUUACGUAAGUGGUCGAGAAAUAACCUGCUCUGUGUGCACCAAGUAGUGUAAAUGGGUUAUAUAUCAGUGCUGUCUGCUCUAUGUGCACCGGUUGAAUAGGUUAUGCGCCAGUGUGUCCUGUGUGCAUAUAGGUUAUAUGCCCCUACGUCAGUGAUAUUUGUUCUAUGCAUCACAUAACGUGAAUCAAAAGUUUUACGUCAGUGUCAUCUCUUUUGCGUUUGCACCCUGUAACGUGAAUACGUUCUGCGGCACCGUUAUCUGUUCUGUGUGUGCACCAAGCAGCGUGAAUAGGUUAUACGACGGUGUUAUCUGCUCUGUCUGCACCAACUAGCAUGAAUAGGUUGUACGUCAGUGUUUUCUGCUCUGUGUGCGCCAGAUUGCAUGAACAGGGUAUUCGUCAUUGUUAUUUUCUAAGUGCGCAUACCAAGAUAGCGUGAACAGGCUAUACGUAAGUGUUAUUUUCUAUGUGUGCACACUAAGUAGCGUGAAUAGGCUAUACAUCAGUGUUAUUAUCUAUAUGUGCGCACCAAGGUAGCGUGAAUACGUUAUACGUCAGUGUUAUCUAUUGUCUGUCUGCACCAAGUACCUUGAAUAGUCUAUACGUCAGUGUCAUUUGCUCUGUCUGAUCCAAGUAGCGUGAGCAGGAUCUGUAUCGUCUUUUUGUACAUGUAACAAUUAGUGUUAAUAAGAUCUAUGUUACAGGUUAUAUAUCUGUGGUAUCUGUGUUCCGUUUUCUUUUUGUAUGUAACACGUUUUAUGGCGGCUAAUUGUCUUAUGUAACCAGAGUGAAUGGAUAACAGAGGCACCAUCAAAUCACUGAAGCUGUUAUAUCAAUCCAGUUGGGAUAAAGCCCGUAUUUCUUGUUCAAACAUUACGCGUCAUUUUAAUCCUAUUAUUGAUAAGAUAUGUAAUAUUGAGCCUUGGUAAACCUUUGUGCGCAUGCGCCCGUGAGGUGUACACAUAUAAAACAGAUGGAUGGUCAUGUUGCAUAGUUUGAGGCAGUGAUCAUGGCGACGAUUUUGACAGGCCUCCGAUGAUAAGAGAGGUACCUCAACACCAGCGAACACAGAUUUUUGACGAAAAUAAAUUCAGCUUUAAUGUCUGGAAAG